UGUGAAACAGCUUAUAUACACAGAGCAUUGUUUGCUUGUUCUACUCUAGUCGAAAUGAAAUUUUUCGCUAUAUCCUUGGUGAUCACCGUCAUCCUAUCCGCUUGCGGAGAGGCCCAGGUGACGUUGCAGCCAACUACGGUCUGCAGUUGCACCAAUACCUUGUCGACUCUGAAGCCAACCGCCACGACAUUGAGACCCGUAGCUCAAAAUAUAUACUGCAAUAUUGCUACAUGCAGCGUACCUAGCGAAAAUACCCUCUGCAAAUAUACGAAUUCAACCUGGGGGGCAGCUUGUUUACCAUCGUAUCCAACGAAAUCGAGCGUCAGCGCUGAAGAAAUUGACAUCAUUUUGCAGACGCAUAACGAUUACCGGCGCAAAGUUGCCAAGAGUCUCGAGACUAGCGGAAUUCCAGGCCCUCAGCCAUCGGCGUCUAACAUACGGCAAUUGGUACGUAGAAACUCCUUGUAUUUUUUCACCGUAAAAACAGACAUGCAUUUUCUUGGAAUAAAAAAAAAGAACUUAAUUAUUUUAAAAUGUGUAGGGCAGAGAAACCCUAGCUUUUAAUUUUUAUUUCAGUAGGAUGUAGUUAAUGUUAAUAAGAAAAAAUAAUAAAUAUAUAACGAUAAAAGUUGUGUUGGCGGUUGCAUUACAACCACCAACCCAACCAAUUAGUAAUAACUAACCUACUUAUACUAGCACCUAACUUAUGCAUGAGUUUGUUUCCGCUAUCAUGCCAUGUCAUGUGCACUGUCCCACUACGUUGUUGCUGGAGAACCCUGAUUGCCGGCUAAUCAGGGUUCCGUAUUGGCGUAGGUAGUGGAACUCACUAUGACAUAGAAGAGGGAAAUUCAACUCAAGGGAGACGUGACGGUCACGUGAUCCAACUAUGAACCGCGAAUUCGCAACUAGAUCACAAGACGGUUAGGUCACCACGUCUCCAAUAGAGUGCGGCACACACAACUAUUUUAUACCUGUCUUUUUGCACGAAAACUACGUUUGUAAGAAGUUGCGGGAGUCCCGGACAAUGACGCGUUUCUAGUUUUUUCAAAUGGAUUUCAGAGAAAAUGAUUUAAUGAACUUUAUUUUAUUUCUUGCGCUGAUUCAAAAUAU